AUGGGCGACUCUAACUUGGCCCAGGCCCAGGCCCAGCUGGGCUCUGUUGCCCUCAACGGCUCGUCGCCAAAGAAGGUAGCCUAUUUUUAUGACUCCGAUAUUGGUAACUAUGCCUAUGUUACUGGUCAUCCUAUGAAACCUCAUCGAAUUCGUCUUGCGCAUAGCUUGAUCAUGCAGUACAACUUGUACCAGAAGAUGGAAAUUUACCGUGCCAAACCAGCGACUAGGGGCGAAAUGACACAAUUCCAUACCGAUGACUAUAUUGACUUCUUGCAAAAAGUCACACCAGACAACAUGGACAGCUACAUGCGCGAGCAGGGCAAAUACAAUGUCGGUGACGACUGUCCUGUCUUUGAUGGCUUGUUCGAGUUUUGUGGGAUCAGUGCUGGUGGAAGCAUGGAAGGCGCUGCUCGCCUCAAUAGACAAAAAUGUGACAUUGCUGUCAACUGGGCUGGUGGUUUACAUCACGCUAAGAAGUGCGAAGCAAGUGGCUUCUGCUACGUCAAUGACAUCGUUCUCGGCAUUCUCGAACUCCUCCGAUUUAUGAAGCGCGUCCUGUACAUCGACAUCGACGUCCACCAUGGCGAUGGUGUUGAGGAAGCCUUUUAUACGACCGAUCGUGUCAUGACGGUAUCCUUCCACAAGUACGGUGAAUACUUUCCAGGCACGGGUGAACUCCGAGACAUUGGUAUUGGGCAGGGCAAGAACUAUUCCGUCAACUUCCCACUCCGUGACGGCAUUACCGAUCAGACCUACAAAUCAAUCUUCGAGCCUGUCAUUGAGAGCGUCAUGAAGUACUACCAGCCAGAGGCCGUCGUUCUCCAGUGUGGCGGUGACAGUUUGUCCGGCGAUCGCCUGGGCUGCUUCAACCUGAGCAUGGACGGCCACGCUAACUGCGUGAACUACGUCAAGAGCUUCGGGCUGCCGACCUUGGUCCUAGGCGGCGGCGGCUACACAAUGAGAAACGUUGCUCGUACUUGGGCAUAUGAAACUGGUGUUCUGGUUGGUCAAGAAAUGGAUCGCACACUACCAUACAAUGAAUACUACGAAUACUACGCUCCGGAUUUCGAACUCAAUGUGCGAUCCUCCAACAUGGAAAAUUCAAACAGUCGUGAAUAUCUAGAUAAGAUCACGGCAGCCGUCAUUGACAAUCUCCGUCAGACCGGCCCUGCCCCCUCAGUUCAGAUGCAAGAUGUGCCUCGCAAGCCAUUUGGUGGCAUGACCGACGAGGAAGAAGCUGAGCUAGACGACUUGGACGAGGACGAAAACAAAGAUGUUCGCAUGACGGAGCAUCGCUGGGAUAAGCAUGUUGAAAAUGGAGCCGAAUUCGAGGCAAGCGACGACGACGAAAUGGCUGCUGCAAAUGGUGCAACUCGAAGCAAUGGGAACAAGCGGACUUUCACUGACUUCAAAGACACCGACCCUGCAGAGAAGCGUGGCAGCAAGUCGCCCAAGGAGAAAGAGGACGACGGCAGCAAGGAAAACGCCGAAGUCGAAGUUGAAGUCGAAGUGGAGGCCGAAGCCCCUGACGGCAACGACGACACCAUUGAGGAUGUCGGAGCUACCGAAGAGCAGGACAAGGAUGUUGCUGAUGAGCAAGAAAAGCCAGAAGAGAAGGAAGACGAAAGCGUAAAGAAACAAAAAGUCGACGCCGAUGGCGAUGUUGGUAUGGCCGACUCGUCCGUGGCAGAAGAAGCCCCAAUCAAGAAGGAGGAGGGCGAACCUGAACCUGCCCCCGAGACGCAAAAGGCGCCCGAGCAGCCAACAGAAGACAAGUCAGGUGAAGAGAAGUCUGAGAAGCCUGCCGAGACCGAGACGAAAGAGUCCACCGAUACCAAGGCUGACGAAGAGCCUCCGGCUGAGAAGGAAACCGAAAAGCCAACCGAGAAAGCAGACGAGGCCCAAGCGGCAUCAGAAGCAGAGGCUGGGGCAGAAGCCAUGGAAGUGGACGAGAAAGACAAGCCUGACAACAAGGCUGAGGACGAGGAUGCAUCCAAGUAA